CCGCAUGUCUCUACUUGAAUACCAUUAUCAUUCUAGCCAAAAUAUAACAUAAGGCAUCCACAAUGCCACCACCACCCGAAGACGCGAACGCCCCCAAAAAGCCCUUCUCUCUCUCCCUCUCAAGCACCUCCCAACCCAAAAAGGCUUCCUUCAACCUCAAACCCUCCUCCCGCGAUACCCCAACACCAAACCGCGCUCUCCCCCGCCGCCCACACCACCUCCACCAUGACGACGACUCCGACAACGACGACGAACGCCCCCCAGCCGCUGAAGCCGUAACAGGCUUCGACACGCUUACUGGCGCAGCGAUCGCGGCGGACGGUACCAAAAUUAGCACCGAGAAGGAGAAACUGGUUAUACCCGUUGCGAGUGGGAAUAACUGGCGCGAGAGGGCUGGUGUUAAUGUGCGGGCGAAAGGGAAGAAUCUACUUCCGAAGGAGGUGCAGGCGAUACGCGAGGCUGAGAAGAGGGGUGAGACGGCUGGGGAUAAUGUUGAGAGGGAGGGGCCGAGUAUGGCGUUUGGGAUUAGUUUUGCGCAGCCUGGUCAAGGGGAGAAAGAGGUUGGAGCUGGGGAUGGGGAUAAAGAGAUGAAGGAUGCUGAUAAGGUGCCGGCGCCGGCUGUUGAGGAGCGGAAACCGCGGACGGAGGAUGAGAUUGCGCUGCAGGCUCUUAUUCGGGAGACUACUGGGGAGGUACAAGGGGGGUCGGAUUUGGUUAUUGAGUCUGCGAAACGCGAUGACGAGGAAGAUAUGGGCCCGGUAUACGACGAGGCAACCUCUUUCCGCGCUGAUGUUGAGGCGCGUCCUGAACCUGCGACGUUGGACCAGUACAAUGCGAUUCCUGUAGAGGAGUUCGGCGCAGCGCUACUACGGGGUAUGGGCUGGAAAGACGGACAGUCGAUUGGGAGGGGGAAUUACGGCUCGACGGCGAAUCCUACCCGUCCGCGUAUCCCGGAACGACGGCCUGGUUUUCUUGGAAUCGGAGCAAAAGAUCCCUCUGGCGGUAAAGGCGCGGAGGUGGAACUCGGCGCUUGGGGUAAAUCGUCAAUGCGCAAGGGUGCUCGAAAUGCCGAGAAGGAAGGUGGGGGGAGUACUGAGGGUGUUUAUAUGCCCGUUAUGAUGAGAAACAAGCAGACGGGCGAAUAUAUCACCGAGGAAGAGCUUAGCGCUCUCCAGAAAGAGGCCAAGUCCCGAAAAGUCGACAAGGAUGAUGAGUGGAAGGAACGGCGAGAUCGCAAUCUGGAAAAGAGCGGACGC